AUGCUGAGCAUGAUGGCAAGCCCUACUGCAAUCAACCUUGUUAUUCAGCAUUGUUUGGCCCAAAAGGCUUUGGACGAGGUGGAACAGAAAGCCACACUUUCAAAUAAGUAA